AUGAGCCUCUCAGCCAAGGACAAAGCCACCGUUAGAGCCUUCUGGGAGAAGAUCGCCGGAAAGGCCGACGACAUCGGUUCUGACGCUCUCGCUAGAAUGCUGACAGUCUAUCCGCAAACCAAGACCUACUUCUCCCACUGGAAAGACUUGAGCUCCGGCUCUGCUCCGGUGAGGAAGCACGGGAAGGUUGUCAUGGAUGGUGUUGCUGAUGCUGUCAGCAAAAUCGACGAUCUGAAGAGUGGAUUGCUGAGUCUCAGCGAGCUGCAUGCAUUCCAGCUGCGCGUGGAUCCCGCUAACUUCAAGAUCUUGUCCCACUGCCUCCUGGUGGUUCUGGCCACCCAAUUUCCUGGUGAUUUUACCCCCGAGGUCCACAUUUCUAUGGACAAGUUCCUCGCUGCUUUGUCUCUGGCUCUGGCCGAGAAAUACCGUUAA